CUGCUGCUGCUGCUGCUGCUGCUGCUGAUGAUGAUGAUGAUAGGGGACUCGAUUAUUGUGCGAUAUGGCACUCUAUGUGAAUCAAUAGUCAGUUGAAUACUCCGAUUGAAAGCGAUAUUCAUAUCUUGCAUGUCCCUGCCCUGCCAUGUGAAAUUGAUAUGAAGACUAUGGCCCUUUUGUUCCUAAGUAAACCUUUGGGGGCAAGGCUUUCUCCACCCGCGCUCUCUCUCUCUCACUCACACACUCGCCUUCUCUUUCGCCUUCUCUUUCUCGUUCUCUUUCUCGUUCUCUCUCUUCCCUCUCUUUCUCAUCCUUUUUCCUUUCCUUCGUUCUUUCCCACUCUCGCUCUCUCAUUCCAUUCCCUCUCAUUCAUCCCAUCGACGAUCUGUCUCCGCCCUCUCAUACGCUCAGGGGAAUCAGUACCUCCUCUUCCGUACACCCUCCUUAUUCUCCGGCACCCACACGUUGUCCCUCUCGACGUGUCUGUAGUCUUGACUUUCCUUUCCCUCUUCCACACACCACCGCCACCACCACCACAGCCGCUUUUUCUUCUUCUUAGUCUCUCAUAUAACAAUCCCCUCUCUCAUCCUCCUCUUUUUCAGUCGUGUCUUCAACCUCAACAGGUAAGCAAGCAAUUUUCUCUCUCUCUCACUCUCCCAUCCUCACACUCACACCCACACACACACGCUCCCCCUCUCUCUCUUCAGCCAUCAGCCUUCAUUCACAUCAUCAUCAACAGAACCUCCACAGCACUCUUUCCCUCCAUUUACACGCAUCCUAUCUCUCUCCAUUCGAUUCGGCAACGACAUCCAAACCAUAUCUCUCACUCGAAUGAACUCAAAUACACCCGCAGAACAGGCACAUUGGCAGAAAUGAAAAGACAGACAGUGUAGUAAACAAAGCAACCGAACAAACAAACAAACAAACAAUACCCAUAACAGCAUAUCCCCAGCAAAAUGGAAGGAAGAGAGCGAGAUAGAAAAGGAUAUGCUUAAUGCUUCAUUAGCCGCUUGGCAUCCAUAGCGCAUCCACUGCAUACACUGCAUACACUGCACCCAUGCAAACAAACCAAACUAUUCCAAGGCCGAUCCAAAGGGGAGGAGAAGGA